AUGAGGAGGCGCGACGCGCCUUCGCCGAGGAUGUCAUCCUGGGACGCUGCCGUCAGCGAGGACGCGCUGGCGACGUUCCCGGCAGGCGCCGGCGACGAGGGCGGAGAGCAGAUAGCAAAGCCGAAGGUCACAGCCUUCUGCCCGAUCGAGAACCUCUGGGUGCGCCAGACGGUGCGCCUGAGCAUCUACGUGCUCAGUGUAGAGGGCCUCGAUAACUUCAACGCUGGCCUGCUGGGGCAGCGGAGGGUCCAGCAUCCCUUCGUGGUGGUUUCGACGGAUGGUCAGGAGCAGAGGCUUCCAAACAUCGGGGCGGAGAUGAUCCACUCCUCAGAGGGUGUCGGCUCCCUCGAUUUCUACCAGUGGUGCACCAUGACGCUGACUCUGCCCGGGCCCUCCCUGCUGAGGCUCGAGGUGCGAGACAUGGGCGUGUUCGGUCGAGAGAGAGUCCUGGGUCAGACCAGCAUCGACGUCGAGGACCGCUGGCUGGCGCUGGCAGAGGUUGACCUUGUUCGGGGCACCACGAAGGCGGGCAUCGCUUCCGAGGUCAUGCCAACGAGCGAGAUACAGACGUCCAGGCCCCCACUCGAGCAGAGGUGGAUGACCAAGUCUGAUAUGCGGAAAGCGGUCUCGAAGCGGUGGCCCUGGCGCAAUCCUGAUGAUGCCACAAGCCUCCGCGCCUCCUGGAACAGUCAGCUAACCAUCCGCCCCGCCAUGCGACCCCCGGCGCGCUCACCAAUGGAGUCACGAAUGCUCAUGAUCGACGACCCCAGCACUGGUAUCAGACGGUCAGUCGGCAAAUUACGGUACAUCAUCGACAUGCUGCCUGGCAACGUUCAUGCGAAGCCACCUGAGGCGAUGACGCUGAAGAAGUUCCCGUUCCACAUCAUGAUCAAGGUCUGGGGUGUCAAUGGGAUCGGCAUUUGGCGCGACGCGUGGGCGGAGCGGAACGACGUCAAGGUGAGGGGCACCCUGGUGGUGGAUGAUCUGAACGGCACCCGAACGCUGCAUCACCGAGAAACGGACACCCACCAGAUGGCAACCAAGGAAGCGAGCUUCAAUCAGAAGUGGACGUUCGCUCUGGAGGCGCCCGUGGCCGCCGUCUCCCUCGUGCUGAGGCUCGUCGAUGUGGACACCGGGGGCCUCAGGGAGGACCUAAUCUACAAGAAGGAGGUCCUGGCCUUGGACCAUGCGGUCCUCCUCUGCUGGAGGAACACGAUGCACGCCAUGCCGCUGCCUGGGGAGUUCUUCCAGGAGGUGCUGUUCGCGUCUUGGCCGCCAGACCUCGCCGACGAGCCCGUGGGCGCCUGGUGCUGGCUCUGCGGGUGCUGCGGGUGCCCCCGCCGCGGCCACUCGGACCGCCUAACCAGCGAGGGCCUCGUGAGGUUUUGGGAGCGGCACUGCCGCUGCUGCCCCCAGCGCUGCGGCAGGCUCGUGAGGAGGCAAGCGCCGGCGCUCUGCUGCAACCGCUACCGGCGACGCUGGCAGGCCGGCGGGGAGCGGGGGCCUCCGAAGCCGGCGCGGCUGGCCCUGUCGGUGGAGGUCAAGCACUCCGACGGCACGCAGCCGACGGAGGAGUCCGAGCAGUUCCGCGAGCCAAAGGGCCGAAUAACCUUUCAGGAGGCGAUAAGCGACCCGUUCAGCACCUUCAAGCGGGUCAUCGGCCCCAGGAACGUGAGGAUCUUGCUCCGCUUCCUGUGCUGCAUCGGCUUCGUCUUCAUGCUCUUCCUGGCGGCGCUAACGAUGUCCCUCCUGGUGGACUACCAGCAGGUUUUUCAUUAG